CAGAACCCAACAUACGGCCGGACAGGAUGCACCCGAGCAGGCGCAGCCUCCCUUUCCCCCUGAACUGUCAGCUGGUAAGGGUUGGAACUGCUGAUUAUGGAGGUGCGUCGGAUCAGAGUGACCAGCAGCUGGACUGUGCCUUGGACCUAAUGAGGCGCCUGCCUCCACAGCAAAUCGAGAAGAACCUCAGUGACCUGAUCGACCUGGUCCCCAGUCUGUGUGAAGAUCUCCUGUCUUCUGUUGACCAGCCACUGAAAAUUGCCAGAGACAAGAUGGUGGGCAAGGAUUACCUUUUGUGUGACUACAACAGAGAUGGGGACUCGUAUAGGUCACCGUGGAGUAACAAGUAUGACCCUCCUUUGGAAGAUGGGGCCAUGCCGUCUGCUCGGCUGAGAAAGCUGGAGGUGGAAGCCAACAAUGCCUUUGACCAGUACCGAGACCUGUAUUUUGAAGGCGGCGUCUCAUCUGUCUACCUCUGGGAUCUGGAUCAUGGGUUUGCUGGAGUGAUCCUCAUAAAGAAGGCUGGAGAUGGAUCAAAGAAGAUCAAAGGCUGCUGGGAUUCCAUCCAUGUGGUAGAAGUGCAGGAGAAGUCCAGUGGCCGCAAUGCCCAUUACAAGUUGACCUCCACAGUGAUGCUCUGGCUGCAGACCAACAAAUCCGGCUCGGGCACCAUGAACCUCGGAGGCAGCCUCACCAGACAGAUGGAAAAAGAUGAAACUGUGAGUGACUGCUCCCCACACAUAGCCAACAUUGGGCGCCUGGUAGAGGACAUGGAAAAUAAAAUCAGAAGUACGCUGAAUGAAAUCUACUUUGGAAAGACAAAGGACAUCGUCAAUGGGCUGAGGUCUGUGCAGACUUUUGCAGACAAAUCAAAACAAGAAGCUCUUAAGAACGACCUGGUGGAGGCUUUGAAGAGAAAGCAGCAAUGUUAAACCUCUGCUUCGCGCUAACGGCCACGCCAUGCCCUCGUUAGGUUCCUUUCUUAGAAAACUCAUUUUCUGCUCCCUGUCCCUCGUCACUCCCCUCCCUGACAGGUCACAUAACAACUUGCAUCGUCGACCUCCCGCACAGCGCCAUCUCUCCCUGAGAAUAAAGCCCGAUAACCACCCCGUCUGGCUCCGAGGCCUGCUUCCCACCACGUUUUGCUAUCAAAACUCUCGGUAUUUCCAUAGAAACCGUGUGUUUUUUGUUCACCUGGGCCCCGUCUCCCCCACCUCCAUUUAUAGGCAUAAAAUACACUGUCGUCCUUCCCACCUUUUUGUUACAUUGGUGUAAAAAAUGUAAAACAAAAAAAUUUUAUGAAAUAACUGUGGUGUGUGAAAGAUAGAAGAAAAACUGAUUCCAUGUGUGUUUGGGAGUUGCUUGGGGUUGGGGGUCGGGUCGGGACGGGGCAAUGUGGAGGAGGGAGAGCCGGCCCUCAGCGACGUCCUGUCCCGCGCAGACCAGACCCGCCCGGCCCUGCGCAGCCGCAGCCGCAGCCGCAGCCCACGGGGAGGGGCGGCGUCCUGCUCUUCUGGCCAGGUGCUUUUCUGUCAAUUUUUAUGGAAUGCAAAAGGAGUUUUUUGUUUUAUUUUGUUUUUUUGUAAAGCUUAAAAAAAAUAAAUCUACAUCUUAUA